AAUAAAUCUUUGAAAAGUCACAAUUAUUUAAGUCUCGUGCACCUGCGAGAGCUCAAUAAAAACAAGUAUUUUUUGGAAAUAGAAGGAAUUUUUUAUGUUUCCUUAUUUUACUGGUAUUAGCCCGGCGAGGAGUUGAAAUUGGGCGUUAAACGUUGUUACAUAUAUUCCUUAAACAUCGAAGAUGGCGCGAAGAAGACGGGAUACUUCGGAAGUUAGCUGUGUGAUCAAGUACUUGGUGUUUGGAUUCAACGUUGUAUUUUGGCUUAUUGGUGGUGCAGUUGCUGCAGUGGGAAUAUGGGCGUGGUCAGAAAAAGAAAUGUUUCAGAAUAUUGGAAAAAUAACCAGUAUCCCAGUUGACCCUGCGUUGAUCUUCAUCAUCGUUGGGGGUAUCAUGUUCCUAAUUGGUUUCACUGGUUGUGUAGGAGCUCUCAGGGAGAACACAUGUCUCUUACUCAUUUUUUGCGUCUCCGUGGGAAUCAUAUUCUUUGCUCAGUUGGCAGUUGGAAUCCUGGGAUUCAUAUAUCGAGAUUGGUUUAAAACCCAAAUAGAGACACAGAUGCAAACCAUUAUAGUGCAGUAUAGAGAUGACCCUGAUUUACAGAACCUCAUUGACUGGGUACAAGACAGUUGGCUGAAAUGCUGUGGAGUAACAGGGCCUCAAGAUUGGGAAAGUAACAUCUAUUUCAACUGUUCAUCUCCAAGCAGAGAAAAAUGUGGAGUGCCUUUCUCCUGCUGCCAACCUGUAGAUGGAGGGGAGGGCAUAGUCAACAGGCAGUGUGGGUAUGACACAAGAGACCCCGAUUUAAAGACUUUGAAGGCUUCAGCUCUUGUGUACAAUAAAGGUUGUAUUGAGGCUGGUGAAGCGUGGCUUCAGGCAAAUCUCAUUCCAGUCGCAGGUGUGGCUGUUGGUAUCGCCCUUUUACAGAUCCUUGGAAUUUGCUUUGCACAAAAUCUACGAAGUGACAUUUUGGCACAGAAAUCAAAAUGGCGCUAAAUCACUGCUAUGCUGCCAUCUAGUGAUGAAAUUAGCACACCAAUACUCCAUCUAUCAUCACUUUCAAUACUACACAGUGUUUUUUAGUUGAAACUUUAUAUAUCAAAUCUUGGAAGUUUGGUCACAGACAUAUUGAUAUCAGAAAAAAGUCAGUUUUAGUGUUAUAAGUGAUUUUCAACAUUAAUACAAUACAUGGCACCUCAAGUCAAUUGUAGCUUCAUUCUAUCCUUUUGUAAAAGCUUGUACAUGAACAACAAGAAAUGCAGUCACAAAAUCACUCAUUCAGCUUUCUUGACAGGUUGAUUGCUUCGCUAAUAACAACAAAAAAUAUUGUACAAUUUCAGCCAGCUUUUUAAAAGAGUGAUAAAUUAAUUUGCAUAUUUUUUUAAAAAGCUUUUUCAUCU